AUGAACUUUGUGUUUUUUUCAGAUGGGAAAUACCAUGGGAAAUACCGCAAAAUUGCUUACUACGAUUCCCUGCAGGACAACCUGACGUGGUUAAUCCCAGUGGAGUGGCCAGGUGACGGCCCUCCUAAGGACGGUGUAGACACCCAGCCUCAGCUGAGAAUCAUCUCCAAGAAUCUCUUCAUCCCGGUCUGUGUCUUGGCCGGCUUUGCCAUCAUCUUCGCCUGGGUCUGCAUCUUCUUCAACAUAUGCUAUCGACACACAGGAUAUAUCAGUUGCUCCCAACCUCACAUUAAUAACCUGACAGCCCUGGGCUGUAUCAUUGGGCUGAUGAGUGUCUUCCUUAUGGGACUUGACGGCCAAUACGUCAGCGAGGAACAGUUCCCUAUGGUCUGCAGUUCGGUUUCUUGGCUUCUUACUAUUGCGUUCUCUCUGGGCUACGGAGCCAUGUUCAGCAAGAUCUGGAUGAUGCACAGUCUGGUCACUCAGGAGAAAUCGGAAAGUGAAGACGGACGAAGGAGGAGAAGGAAAAUCAGUUUACAGAAAGUAGAAGUGUGGAAGAUGAACUUGAUGAUAGGCGUCCUACUCCUAGUGGACAUUGUCUUACUGACGGUGUGGCAGACCAUCGAUCCACUGUACCGUCUGGUAGAGGACUUUGCUAAAGAAGAAGUUUACGAAGAAGACUUGGAGAUCCAACCCCAGCUGGAGCACUGUGAGGCUACACAUUUACCCAUCUGGUUGGGUAUCCUGUAUGCCAUCAAUGGUCUUCUGCUUAUAUUUGGGUUGUUCUUAGCAUACGAGACGAGGAACAUGACCGUCAGGGAUCUGAACGACUCUAGAUACGUCGGCAUGGCAAUUUAUAAUGUAGCAGUGUUGUGUAUAAUUACAGCUCCAGUAACAAUCAUUAUUCGUAGUCAACAGGAUGCGGUCUUUGGGUUUGCUGCCCUCACAGUCGUCUUCUGCUCAUCUAUUACGCUGAUUUUAAUUUUUGUCCCAAAGAUGCUUUACAUCCAUAAGAAUCCGGAUGGGGUGUACACCAAAAACAUGCCGGGUCUAGCGGCUCCAAGUAGAGAAGAUGAGGAGAAACAUCAGAGACUGUCGGCAGAUAACGUAGAAAUCAAAAGACAAAUUGCAGAAAGAGAGAGGCGGAUAAGACAGCUCGGAGACCUCAUUACACAGCGUACAAGAAACAUUCCCUCACCGACUUCCACCCCGAAACUCCAAAAACGCAGCCCCUCGACGGGACGCCGAUCACGGACUUCCUUUGGGCCGGACAAGCUCACCCCGCCGACAAUGUCCUGCGAGGACAGUGCAUUUGUCUCGGUGGGCGUCGGCAGCUCAGCCCUCUCCGCCUCGCUGCCGAGGGGUCACCGGAACUCUGCAGCGUCGGAGGAGGAGUUCUCAGAAACAUAUAUUUGACGCCAGGGGCGAAAGCAACUACAGUGGAUCCCCAUGGAGACUAUUGUGGUUGAGGAAGGAGACGACAAGAUGGACUGACGUCAAGAGUGGAGUUUCUACGCCGGACGUUUUUUUGUACACACACUUGUUCAUACUUCUGAAUGCUUUGAAGUGCUUUCCAUGCGGGGCGUGUCGUGACACACACACCCUCUCUUAAAACUUGUUCUCUGAGUAAAAGCAACAAUCAGUGGAUAUGAAAAACACUCUCUUUAUUGUGAGGUUCACUGAAGGAUGUGGAAAAGCAACAAAUUAUACGACCCACCUGGAGAAAGAAGAGCCAUGUCCUUGGAGGUGUUUGACUGACACGAUGCAAGCUGGUUUGUUUUAGGAUUCAAGCAUGCUGUUCUAAGAUCAGGGGAGAAAGUGUAAGUUACUACAUCAACAUAGGACGUUUGACGAGGAUCAUUUGUAUGCAGGGGAACACUGUCAUGUAGGAGAUCAUGCCUGACAAACAAGUUCGCAGUUAAACCAAGGAAUAUUUAGACAUGGAUACCAGCGCAAGUUUGGGUUGUGUUGUUACGGCUUCUUUGCAUUUUAUAUGGCAUAAUGUCAUGAAGCUCCUAAGCGUGAAAUUCUGCUUAUAGAAUUCUGCUCACCAAGAUUUUUUCUAGCUGUGAUUGUUUGUGCUUACAAGCUUUAUGAAAUUUGAGACCAGAUGAAUGGUUUAUGAAUCAGAGAGCUUAUGGUGGCAGCAGACAGUCCAAUGGAGUGUGGUCAAGCAUCCAUUCCUUGAAGUCAUCUUGAGUCUUCUUGACAAAUAAACAAAACAAAACUGAACGACCGUAGUAGACCCCUGUCUGAUGACCUCGCAGUUUGUUUACCGAAUCCCCAUAGAAAAUUAAACCAGGUCCACACUGGGAUCAUACGGGAGUUCAUACUGUGUUUCCGGCGGGAUUCCUGUCGGGAUAACUCACAACCGGGAUUCUGGCGGAUUUUAUUUUGUGGCAAACAAUGAUAAAUAAUCUGUGACAUCAUCAGUUCUAAGAUUGACUUAUUAAAGGACUUAUUAAGACAGAAAAAUUGUUAUGUAAGUUGUGUGUGUGCAGUGGCAUAGCUAGGAGGGCCCAGGCCCUGGGCACCACCUUGGGGGG